CGUGACAAUGAACCCCCAGUGCGCCCGCUGCGGAAAAGUCGUGUAUCCCACGGAGAAAGUCAACUGCCUGGACAAGUAUUGGCAUAAAGGAUGUUUCCAUUGUGAAGUCUGCAAGAUGGCUCUCAACAUGAACAACUACAAAGGCUAUGAAAAGAAGCCCUAUUGCAAUGCACACUACCCAAAGCAGUCCUUCACUACUGUGGCAGACACACCUGAAAAUCUUCGCCUGAAGCAGCAAAGUGAAUUGCAGAGUCAGGUCAAGUACAAAAGAGAUUUUGAAGAAAGCAAAGGGAGGGGCUUCAGCAUUGUCACAGACACUCCUGAGCUACAGAGACUGAAGAGGACUCAGGAACAAAUCAGUAAUGUAAAAUAUCAUGAGGAUUUUGAAAAGACAAAGGGGAGGGGCUUUACCCCUGUGGUGGAUGACCCAGUGACAGAACGUGUGCGGAAGAACGCCCAGGUUGUCAGCGAUGCUGCCUACAAAGGGGUCCAUCCUCACAUCGUGGAGAUGGACAGGAGACCUGGGAUCAUCGUUGCACCUGUUCUUCCUGGAGCUUACCAGCAAAGCCAUUCCCAAGGCUAUGGGUACAUGCACCAGACCAGCCUGUCAUCCAUGAGGUCAAUGCAGCAUUCACCAAACCUAAGGACCUACCGAGCCAUGUACGAUUACAGUGCUCAGGAUGAAGAUGAAGUCUCCUUCAGGGAUGGCGACUACAUUGUCAAUGUGCAGCCCAUCGACGAUGGCUGGAUGUACGGGACGGUGCAAAGAACAGGGAAGACGGGGAUGCUGCCCGCCAACUACAUUGAGUUUGUUAAUUAAGUCCUCCUUGCCGUUGAGCUUUGUUCUAAUGUAUACUAAACCCAAUCUUUUUAAGAGAUAGAAGAUACUUUUAAGACGACUUGGCAGUUAUUUUACAAUAAUCUAUCCUUAUUUGGACAGGUAGACACACAGGUACCAGGAUGAAGGAAUUAAUUCUGGGCUGAAAACAGCAGCAUGUACAGUGAUUCCUGUAAACAAAAUAAUUAGGUCUGGAGACCUGGUGCUGCUAAUUGUGUUCAUGGUUUCCUUUGAUUGGCUAUUGAACCCUUCUGGGAAAUGUAUUUUUGUAGACUUUAGUAGAGAUGUUGAUUGUCCCUUAAAUGUAAAGAGUAUACGAAACUUCUUAGCUGCCACUUGGGAAUCACCAGAAGCCAAUUCUUUGAAUUCAGUAACACAGCCGAUAAUUUAAAAACCAUUUUGCUUUUGAGUCUUUAGGCAAUUUCCAAUUCAAGUGAAAACUGCCUAAUACAAAAAAUGUUAGCAGUGGCAGAAUGACACUUUGGUUAAAAUUCUACUGACUGGUGGCCUCAGAUGCCUAGAAUCUUCUACUAACAAGGAAAUUUCUUUGUUCUUUUGUCUGACUUGGAUCUAUUUCUCAUUUGUACCAAGGCAAUCCUACACUCUGUUCACAUUCUGUGGACCCAAGUCUAUGCAGGCCCACAAAAUGGCAGGACAAAAUAAUUCACAGCUACUCUGCAAAGGGCAAAAUUUAAGGUCAUUUAUAUUAUUUCCCUACUAAGCUUUAUCCUGUUGCAUGUCAUAUAGGUUCAAGCUUUGUAACAUAGGCAGCUGCACUGCCCACUCCUGUUAUUAAAGCAAAAAGUGAGGCUGACAUUCUAAAAAUCUUUCCUCUGUGCCAGCUCUCAGAGAAACAUGUUUUGAAAAGUUGCUUGAGAUUCUCCUGCUGCAUUGCACUCUAGUUUUGGAAGAUUUACACCUUAGAAAAUAGUUGUAUACUCUAGUAAAUAAGUGAUAGGGGUUUAUUGAACAGCUUUCAUUAAAUUAAUGCCAGCGACAUUAAGAAAAGAAGAAAACUUGACAGGACCCAGUGUGGGGAAAAAGGACAGAAUAUGAAAUGUGCUGAAGAAAACCUAGCAAACAAAGCAUUGCCAGCUUUGCAAAGGGAAAGAUGAUCAGGUUAAUUUGGAACGUGGUACUCAGAUUCUGGAGUGGAAAUCUACCCACUGAAGCUGGUUAAUGAAAAGACUUCCUUUCCCUUUUCUUUUUUUUUUUUUUUCUAAAUCAUGUUUAGGGGAUACAAUAGGAAUGUCAACAGAGAUUCUCAGUAUUGGUCCACAAGUUGUUCACUAAAAAAAGAAAUGAUCACUUUGGACUUUCAAAUGAGUGACCUUGCAAGCAUUUGCUGGAUUCUCAGCUGUAGCUGUAGCCCUUGCUGGCAGUCAUGAGUCAGUUUCUCUUGGAGUCUGUAGUCAAGCUCCGCUAAGAGAUUCAUUUCCAUCAGCAAUUCCAGGUUUUUCUGAUUGUGCCAUUUAUUGGGACUUGCAGCAGGGUAACAUUCUUGUAAGAGCUCACUCUGCAGUAGUGAUGAAAUUGGAUAAAAAACAUUUACAGAAAUGUAAUAAUAUGUUAGGUCUUGUAUAGUAUAUUGAAGAAAAUUAACAAAAUAUCCUGUAAGAUAAUUUUUGUUGAAAUACUUAGUCCAAAGGCAGAUU